GUUAUCACAACACUCUCCCUCUCUCGACCAGACCUAACGGCCAGGCCUGCCUUUUCUUUCAAGCAAUGCAGAGAAAGACGACGAGAUCAAGAUGAAGAAGAAGACAAUCUUGCUCUGCUUCAUCCAUGGGUUCAAGGGCGGCGAUGACACAUUUGGCAAUUUCCCGCAGCACUUGCGCCAGCUUCUCAGCAAUGCGCUGCCCAAGGUCGACAUCGAGGUGCUCGUGUAUCCCAAGUUUGAGACACGCGGAGACUUGAAAGAGGCGGUUGCAAGAUUUCGAGACUGGCUACAGAACAAAGUCAUAGACCUCGAAGUGGCCAAAGGCACAUCAUCACCGACAAUAGACCCGUCAGUGCGCACGGUAUUAAUCGGGCAUUCCAUGGGUGGUAUAGUCGCCGCGGAAACAACCAUAUCGAUAGCAUCCGAACGACCAGUGGGCGACAACUUCUCUGAAGCGUCGUCAUUCAUGUUUCCUUAUAUCCAAGGCAUCCUCGCCUUCGACACGCCCUACCUGGGCAUCGCACCGGGCGUAGUCGCGCACGGGGCUGAGGGACACUACAACACGGCAUCGACAGCAUACGGGUACUUGCGCGACGCCGGCAAAGCAUUUGGAUGGGCAGGCGGGUCGAACUCUGGCACCUCGAGUCCUGGCUCAGGCGCACGAACACCGCUCGGUCUACUACCCGGCAUUGGAUCAUCCGGGACACCUGGCACGUCUACUCCCACUGGCGCUGGCACCGGCGAAGCAAUAUACACGGGAGGCGACGCGGCAGCCAUGCCCGCGUGGCAGCGAUGGGGACGCUACGCCAUGUUUGCCGGCGCCGCAGGAGCAGUCGCAGCCGGGGGCGCAGCAGCAUAUAUGAAGCGGGACCAGAUCACCGAAGGAUGGGGCUGGGUAUUUUCACACCUGGAGUUUGUCGGCUGUCUGGCGCGCGGAGAAGACUUGAAAAAGCGAGUUGCUCGCGUCGCGCAGCUCGAGACGGAGCAUAAUCUGGGUUUUGCAAAUCUAUAUACCUGCCUGGGCAGCGCGGCCGCUGCAAAGUCUUCUGGCCGCGUGAGCAGCGGCGUCCUCGGGGCCGAGCGAACGUUUUGCUCACUGCCCAAGAGCGAAGUGCUGAAGAAAUUCUUCCACAAGACGACGAAUGACGCGGCAAAGGACGAAACCAUGGCCCAUAUGAGCAUGUUUUUGCCAAGGGAUAAUCCAGGGUAUUACGACAUGGCGGAGCAUGCGCGAGAAUUGAUUACAGGUUGGCUCCAGAAUGAGUGGUACGAGUCGGCUGAUAGUGUGCAAAUCAUGGAGCAAGGCGGUGAUGAUUCUCGUAAUGUUGAGCUGGGUGUUGAGUCGGGCCCGGAUCAGACGCAGACGCAGGCGCGGACCCCUACGCCUGAAUUGAUUGAUGCCGAGGAAAAGCCUGACAUGGUGGAGGCGGAGGAAGAGGGGGAGGAAGAGGGGGAGGAAGAGGCGAAGACGGAAGCAGUUGCAAUCUCGUCCUCUGCGGCAGAGACGGCAUUUAAACAAGAUGGCAGAUCUUGAGGGUGCAGUAUUCGUCUCUUCCAUUUCUUUAUUCUUUCUUUCUUUCUUUCUGUUUUCACAGUCGAUGCACAACUUCCACCUCUAUUUUUUUUUCUUUUCUCUCCGUUCCGGCGUUAUUGUCAUCAUCAAGGGGUAUGAGAAGACAUGACCGGCGUUAAUUCAGGCGUCCCAUCUCCUAGAGUCUUUGGAGCGAGUGAUACAACUUUCGGGAUUUGAUCACUUCUCGCAUUUUUUUUUUCCAAUACCAAGCAGUAUUCACCGGCUGAGUAGUAUACCAAUAGGAUAAGCAUAACUUGGCCACAAGGAUCUUGGUCUAGUAUACCAAAUAAACCAAGAACGGCGUUUUGAAUAGAAAUCAUUUCAAU